GCUUCAUCUCUCCUAUCUGCUAAUGUCUUAAUUAUUGUUCUUUCUUUCUGUAUAUUCUGAACUUCAUCUAUUAGAUACAAUACUCUGAAUUUUAUAAUACUCUAAAUUUUAUUAUUAACUAAUUACUUCUUUCUGAUUGUUAUUUUACCUUUUGGUUUUAUUAAAUAUUUCCAUUAUCGAUUAAAGUUUGCGUGUGAGGCUAACUUUAAUUGCAAUGAAUAAUCAUUUUUCUUCAACGUCAUCAACUGCCUGGAUCUCAAUUUCUCAAGUUUUUGCAUCACUAAGAAAAUGUGGAAACAGAUUGCACAUAGUUUUUUAAGUUUCCAUGGCUUAAAAUGGCAGAUUAAAACCAUGUUGAGAAUAAUAGUAUACACAUUAUAACACUGUUACUUAAAUGGAAUUCCUCCAGUAAUCUACUGUUAAAUCUUAAGUAAAAAUUUGUAAAUAUCCUAGAGUAUGUUAACUAGAAUUGACAUUAAACUUGAUAUUUAUUACUUAAUUUACUUGGGAAGAGUUUGCUUUCUUUACUGUUAGCAGAUUAUUAACUUACGUUUUCCCUUUAAGUUUGCUUUACAAAAAUUAGGCAAUUGGUUUUCAAACCUUUUUUUAAGUAAAUUGAACUUGUUAGAAUUUACAGUGUAGACAGAUUAAACGGAUAUCUUGUGAUAGGAGGUGUAGUAAAGCAGCUAAGAAUAGGAAUUCUGCUUAAUUCAAACCACCUGAUGCAUGUUGCUGUUUGUUUUUUAUCAAGUCAUAAACAUUCAUUCUCUUCUAGAUCUGAACUUCACUUUGAUGUCCAGCAUCCUCAAGGGAUGCAUGAGAAAAUGAGAAAUGAAAUAAAGAUCUGAAUUCUCAGAAAUCUGUGGGACACACUAUGCUUCCUGUUCUUUUUUUAAGCAAUUUAUAUCUUUGGUUUGCAUUAGAAUUCAGUCAUUCAGUCAGUAAAGGCACACCAGUCACACUCUGAAAAAUAAGUUUCUAGAGUCCAGUCCAGAAUGGGUGUACGGGCACGAGUUCUUCUCUGCUGGCUUCACGUUGUUUGUGCUGUCGUGUUUGGAGAUGUUUGGAAGGUGAAGGUAGAGUCUGAAAUGGAGGCUCUGGUCUCAUCUUGUGUCGUGUUGCCCUGUUCAUUCAAAUACCCUGCUCAUCAACAGCCCUCCAGUCGUAUUAAAGCCAUGUGGCACAUGAAGGAAAAAUGGGAGGAUUACAUCUAUCACAAUGAUCCUACAAGGGUUCUAGACAAUUUCAAGGGUCGUACAAAUCUGAUUGGGUCACUGGGUGCUUUAAACUGCUCCUUGGAGAUUGAUGAAGUCAAAAACCAUGACAACGGCCCGUAUUGUUUCAGGGUGGAAUUAGAGACAUCUAAAAUAGACAAGUACUCCUUUGUGGAUAACUGUGUGAGAAUUAAUAUGAUUGAGCAAGCAUCAAAACCAGAGCUGCAGGCUAACAUGGCUGUGAAAGAGGGUGAACCCACAGUCUUCAAAUGCUCUGUCCGGCACACCUGUCCAUCCCAUCAGCCCACUCUCAGCUGGAGCCACCCUGGAAAUAUCAUCAUGAGCUAUAAGGACAUUGGUCAUGGAAAAUGGGAGGCAGAAUCUCUCCUCACCUUCACUCCAACGAAAGAGGAUAAUCACAACUAUAUCACAUGCACAGUCAAGUUCCACGGGAGUGUCCGGGGUGAAAUGCAAGCCACACAGCCUAUCUUUGUGAAAGAACAAGCAACUCUCAACCACAUCAUCAUACCAACCAUCUCUGGUCUUGGAGCUGCUCUUUUGGUUGGAGUACUGUGUUUCUUCGUUGUCAAGAGAUACAAGAAGCGCAUUGCAGAUCUCCAAUCCAGAAACGACAAUGGAGUGUGGAGUCGACUAUCAAGAAUGUCUCGCAGGUUUCGUUCAGGCGAAGGCAGUGGUGGUCCAGGUGGCAGAGAGCAGAGGAGGUCUAUUUGGAGUAGAUUUUCAAGGAGAGGUCAAGGGCGUCAAAUUGACAGGAAUUUUGACAACAGGGCAAACAACGCAUGUAUGGUGUCAGGAAACAAGCCUUUCGACAAACCUCGUAUGCCAUCACCAAAGAGGAUCAACAAAAAUGUUGACCCAGGAACAUGUUGAACUCAGCAAAAUCAGGUUCUGUGGUGCUGGACCCUUCGAAGACCGCAUCUAAAGGCUGCAUACAACAUCGAGGCAGUCUCAUUUAAGAAAAGUAACCGUUAGAUUGCAAAGUAAUAAAGAAAUUACAGUAUUUUACACCUCACAAUGAAUAUAAGUCAAUUUUAUUAAGGUUACUUUUCUUAAAUCGCACUCUCGAAUCUUUAGCACUGCCCACGACAGGCACGCCUCCAGGAGCUCUGCUUUUUUUCGGUACUCGGUACAGCAUAUCUAUCUUUUAUAAAUAUGAUAAAACUAAAGACUUUUCGGAGAUAUGAAGGAUGCAAUACUACUCUUUAGGUACUCAAGAUUAACAGAAAUCCCCCCCUUAAUGAUGUCUAUCUGUGCUCAGUGCUCAAAUAUUGUUCUGUUUGUUCAAUCCAUCAAUGCAUGUUUAAAUCUUGUACAAUUAGAUUUAUAUCAGUGUUUUAUUGUAGUUAGAUUUAACAUUUUUGAAGCAUAUUAUUAAAAUGGGGAGCAAAGGAAAAUUUGAAUCAGCCAAAACCAUUGUU